CUCUUCUGCCUACACGUUGGAUUUACUUUGAGGACCAAUUCCAAUUGGAGGUUGAUCCCGUCGGUUUCCCCGUUGCCCCCGGGGGCAGAAGGGAGAUUGUGGGUCUUCCUCUCAAAUCCUUACUGUGUCGCAGGACUGUACAGUGGGGUUCAAUACACUGUAUGUGUGUGAAAGGAGAGUUACAGUUGUCGUUUCUCCAGGUUCUGCCCCUCCCUGGGGAGAUAAGAGACAGAACUUGCAUUGAGCUGCAGCCAGACCUACAGGGCUCUCUAUGGGGAGGUUGGGUCGUCAGUGAACGAGGGAAAAGCCAUGAGCAUUUGAACCCUACGACCUACCGUAGGGAGUCGGUCACUCUCAGGGAUGAGCGAUACACUUACCACUUGAACAUGUCCCAGUUCCGGGCGGAUUUUCCGCACCUACAAACCUAUAACUGCUCCGUCAAACUCCCCCCUCGGACUCAACCAAAGAUGGGGAACCCCAAACCAACGCUCAUCAUGGCCAUUAAAUCCCACCCAGGGUCAACUGCAAGGAGACAGGCAGCGAGGCAAACCUGGGCUCGGGGGGUGGAAGUGGACGGGUACUCGGUGAGGCCAAUCUUCCUGAUAGCCCAGGCGGAGUCAUGGGGGCAAAUGGAGCUGGUGAGGCUGGAGAGCCAGGAGUUUGGGGACAUCCUGCAAUGGGACUUCACUGAGGGGCAUCACAACCUGUCUCUGAAGGAGCGAUGCUUCCUGGAGUGGCUGAAUCUUAAUGUCCCAGAAGUAGAAUUUAUAUUCAAAGGUGAUGAUGAUGAGUAUGUGAACCCAACGGCUAUUGUGCGUUAUAUCAAAGAGCAUGGCUCCUCCCCUCUCACCCUGCAUGGAAGGCUCCGCCCCCACAGUGAUGUCAUGCGUUCCACCAAGUAUGCCAUCUCCGAAGCCUUGUACCCCUAUGACACUUACCCCUCUUUCCUCUCUGGGGGGGGCUUCCUGUUCCCAGGGGCAUCUGUAAAGCGCCUCCAUGAGGUUGCCCAGAAGAUUCCCGUUUUCCCAUUGGACGAUGUGUACUUUGGCUUCCUGGCGUUGGCGGCCAACUUGACCUACAGGCACGACGGGCAUUUCUACGUAUGGGGCCUGGCGUUUAAUGCCUGCAAGUACCGAGAGGCCCUGGUGGUGCAUGGGAUAGGGCCCGAGCGGCUGGUUACUGUAUGGGCCGAGGUGCAGAAGGCACAGUGCCAGGGCGGGCAAGGCGGGCAAGUUGGGCAGGAGAGUAACUUGCCCACAAACUAUGACUGAAGAGAAGAACAGACAAGGUUUAUAGGAUUUCCAUGCACUUUAUUUUGCACUAUAGCAGAUUUAUCCAUAUAUUUAUACCGUAUGUAUGAAUAUGUGCGGCGGUUGCCAUAGUAACUGCCAGUAUAAAGCUGUAACUAGGGUUUCUACCCUAUCACCAUUGGGGCCCCAGCAUCGGGAUGGAGCCAGGCGGGUACAACAACAGCAAUGGGGCCCCCUAGUUGCACCUUAUGGGUGCCCCGAGUUAUCAUGAAUCUGCCCCUCCUUCCCUAUCACUAACUGCCCUAUGAUCCUACUGAUCCUUCUGUUUUAUUUAUUUGCCCCUGUGUGGGGGUGAAAGUAACUGUUAGUCUGAUGUAGUCAAUAAUAUUCUGAGACAAUUUGCAACUGCUUUUAUUUUUUG